AAUUAAAUGUCCUCCCGUUAGUGGUGGACUUAUAUACUUCAACUUUAUUCAUUAAUAAAAUAUUUGCAUGCAAAAGUACUGUAAUUGUUGUGCGUUAGCUUAGAAUUAAUUGGUUUAGUUUUGCCUUAGUGGAUAUAUAAGGCAAUUAUAUACAUUCGCUGUCUUUUAUUUUUUUUUUCAUAUCUCUUACAGAUAGUAACUUAAGUGGUCAUUGCGCAUGUCUGUCCUCCAUUUUGUGUGUAAGGAAUUUUCAUAAGUAUAUCUAGUCGUAAACAUUGCGAGUUAGAGGACAAUAUAAUAAUGUUUAUAUUUGAAGUUUAACUUAAAAGUAACCUAAUAAAUAAGCAAGUAUCACUUAUUUUUUUCAUUAAACAAUAUUUUUAUGAGCGUUAUAUGACAUUGAAAUAACUUCCAAAGCCCACCAACCUUAUUUGCUCCUAUUUCCGAUGACGACGGGAUCUCUCUCACUCAAUUUUAUUUAUAUGACUUCCAUCUUUCUACUCUUUCCGGAUUGUUUUGACCGUGUAUCUUCAAACAGUUAUUAAUUUUAAUUUAAAUAAAAUAGCUUAGGAUUCUUAUUAAUGUGUUAAUGUCAGUUAUUAUUCACCAAUAUAUUCAAUACUAGACUAAAAAGUAAUAAGAUCUUGCCACACUAACCUACAGUUACACUGAAGUUACAGUCAUUCAUACAGUGUACAGGCUACACUACACUUAACUUAGUCCUAGUUAAGGACACUAAGACUACCGUACGCUGACUAAGUCAAUAAAGUAAUAAAAUCAAAGGUCAGUUUAACAUAAAAAUUUGAUUUUUAAAGUUUUCCUUUUAGUAUUUUAGUGCCCAACUGCCAACGGUGCAGCACUCAUAUCUCAGGGAUAGUUUCAUGGCUGCAUAUUUUAGGGGAAAGUAUCCUAGUAAGCCUAGUACCUACUUCUAACAGGGGUGAACAGUAAGAGUAUGAACCUCAUUGUUGGAUAACAGUGUAGAGACAAGAGCAGUAGAGGGCUUACUGUUUAAGUUUAGUCUUAGUUAACUUAAAGUUAAAGUCACCUUAAAAUUAAAAUGCCUAUAAUGGCCUAUACUAAAUAAAUAGUUCCUAGUCCUAGUAUCCUUUUCUUAUUUUAUUAUAAUUUAUAAUACUUGUCUCCAACUCUGAAGUCAAAUGUUUUGUUAAGACCUUCCUUAGUCUUAGUUGGUAUACACCAAGUCAAGUAAUGUUCUAAUUCUAAGAUCACAUUUUAUUAAUAAGGCUAGAGUGUAGGCCUAUUUAUAUCUCUUUUGGCUUAAUAACUAAUCCUAUUUUUCAUGUGUGAAUUGUAUAGUAUUUUAAAUAAUUUCGACCAUCUGCUGUUCCAGUACACAUUUCAAUUUUAGUUGAGCUAUUCUAUAUAAUAUACUAUACCAUUGUUUAAUUUACCUUCAUGCAUAAAAUGCUGAUAAUCAAUCAGCUAUUAUAAUGAUGGCAGUAUAUAAACAACUUUAAUACAAUAUGCCAACUAGUCCUAAAUGUUUCCUGGGUGAGGUUACAAAGCUUGUUGUAUCUGAAAACAGGUUUAGAACAAUAAAUAUUGCAUGAUUAUAAGUAUUGGUUCAUAAAUUUUGGUUGAGUUUUCUUUAUGGAAGUUGUAAACAACUGAUUUACACAAUCAAUCAAUAAUAAUUUUCGUAUUUGACUUAAUUUGAAGUUGGCAUAAUUUGAGAUGUGAUGAUUUCAUAAAUUGAUUUUCGAUUGAAAUUUGUUAAAGAAUAAAAAAUAGAUAGGCGAAAUUCAGUGUUGGCAAUGGAUUAAACCAGGGGUCUCCAAACUUUUCAGCCCAAAGGCCGCAUUAACUAUCAAACAGAAGCCAAGUGAUCCCCCCUCCGGAGAAAAAAUAUUUCCAACGAUGUAUCAACUUGCACUGCUGGCACUGCCGCCCCCCCCCCCCGGAGUUGGCAAUGGAUUAAACCAGGGGUCUCCAAACUUUUCAGCCCAAAGGCCGCAAUAACUAUCAAACAGAAGCCAAGUGAUCCCCCCUCCGGAGAAAAAAUAUUUCCAACGAUGUAUCAACUUGCACUGCUGGCACUGCCGCCCCCCCCCCCCGGGAAAAUUUCUGAAAUAAUCACUGCACUUGAGGUCCAAAUAAAAAAGAAUCAAAACAUGGAUGUUGUUUUUAAUUAUUCAAAUAAUAAUAUUUCAUUCAGUUAAUGAGCUGCAGUUCCUCUGUGUAACUGGCCACAUCUGUUUCAAUUGGGUUUUGAAAAAGUCUCACUUCUUCUGCCUUUAAAUCCAAGUCAGAAAACAGCUGCUGAAAAUGCAGCUGGGGGGUCUUUGAUGAUCUCGCAUGCAAAUGACGUGGGGAACUCCGCUGUUGCUUCAGCCAUGAAGACCGUCCACUGCUACAAGAGCGUAAAGUUGUUGGUCUGUACUUGUUCCGAAAACAAGACGAGUUUAGAUCUGAAGGCCUUUAAGAGGUGUAUAGAUCUUGUGUUAUGUUCAUGUCUUCAACAAUACUCCUAACGAACACAUGCAGUUGAGAGGUGGAACAGCUGUCGAGCGAUUCAUCCAUUGCAAAUAAAAAUUUUUGAAACUUGCUUGUAUUUUUCGAUAUUUGAGUCACAAUGUUUUCACCCAUAUCUGCAACACGGCGGGCAAAGCCCCGCCACUACAUGUCAUUUCAUUGACUGUGAAGGAAAGUAGAAAAACUAAGCAUCGAAUAAGAUUUUGCAAAUUAAUGAUAGGUUCGAAAACAUAAUGCACUACAGCGCGCCUCUAUUUUAAGUCUGUAAAAAUAUAACGUCCACGUAAGCAGCGUCUGAUCUUGUCAGGAAACACGUACUUUUGAGUAAUUUUUUAUUCCGUUUACAAAAGGUCUCCGCGGGCCGUAGUUUGGAGACCCCUGGAUUAAACCAUUUUUAGUUAAAUUUUAUGUAAAAAAAAUGUGUCUGAUAUAUUUGUCACUUUUGAUAUUGAGGGUCCACAGUAUUGUGAAAAUGAGCUUAACAUUUCAUUAUUUUAUUUCUUUGAAAAGCAGUUAAGAAUAUUGCCUGGUAAUUUUCUUCAGACUCUCAGAAUGAUAGUAAUUAAUUCAUGAACAAAAUAUCAACAUUUACUUUUGUAUCAUUUUUCAUUUAUUUGACUGUUUCAGAAUUAAGACACUAAUGACAGUAAGUCGAAUGAGGAGAAAAGAGUGCCAGGCCAUUCCCUUAAACACUGGCAAUAGGCCGUGUACUUCAGCGUGAGAUAGAGUGGCGAGCGUCAUGCCACCAGCCCCAAAGCCUGGUAAUCUUAAAGAUCCAGAAGUUGCCGGACUGUUCUCUAAUGAGGAUCCAGAAAAGAUCUUUACAGAUUUAAGAGAAAUCGGACAUGGAAGCUUUGGUGCUGUUUAUUUUGUAAGGCCAGUCUUAGUUCUUCACAUAUUGUACUAAUAUUUACAAUUAACAUUCUGUGGCCAAUAUCAUAUGUGCUUAUUAUUUUAAUCCUUUCUAUUUCAUUUCUUUUACAUAAAAGGCCCGUAACAAUGUUACCAAGGAGGUGGUGGCCAUUAAAAAGAUGUCAUAUAAUGGAAAGGGCUCUACUGAUGUAAGUACACAUUUUUACCUCAUAUCGUUAUUACUAGGAAUUUAAAAAAAAUUUUUUUAACUAUAAAUUAUGUAAUAUCUUGCCUCAUUUAUAUAUAUUUAUUUUACAUUAAGAAUUCCAAGUACUGUAUUUAAAAGGAAAAAUUACUCUUUCUAAUACUAUCUUGCAAUUUCACUAUAGAAAUGGCAGGACAUCAUCAAGGAAGUGAAAUUUUUACGUCAACUUAAACAUAGGAAUACAAUUGAAUACAAAGGAUGUUUUAUCAAAGAGCACACGGCAUGGGUGAGUUUAAGUUUUACAAUUUUUCUAUUGAUAAAAAUGUAUGAAGAAUCGCAUUUAAAAAAAAUUAAAUUGAUGUCCAUUAUUUUUGUUAAAAAUGAGACAAUGAUGAUACUCGUAAGGUUUUUGGAGUCUAAUUGCUUUUUUAAAAAUAUUGUUAUUGUUAACAAUGGAUAUGUCAACCUCUUUUUUUAAAAAGGUAUUUCUAUAAAUAUUUUAAAACAUAUCUUGCAUUUUUAAAUUCUAGCUUGUUAUGGAAUAUUGUUUGGGAUCUGCCUCCGACAUAAUAGAAGGUGAGUCAUUUAGAUAGAUUUAUUUGCUGAAUACUAUUUAUAAUGUCAAUUUUUACAUGGCACAGGAAUUUUUUAAACUUUGAAAAGCAGUUGUUGUAAUGCUUCUAAUUUUGUAAAUAUGUGUUUCUAAAAUUUUGGAGUGAAAGUGCAGUGGAAUUAAGUGGGGGAAUCAGAUAUGAUUAAACAAAGUGAAUGAAAAACAAUUUAGCUAUAUCACUUCCCCCACUUUACAAGGCUGGCUCUCCAGGUGCUAUUUAUUUUAGGAUUACACCACUGACUGUAAAUCCUCAUUGUUUAUUGAAAGAUAUUUUAGUUUUUUUCUUAUGUUUUUAAAAGUUAGUUAUUUUUGGUGCAUAAAUUAACUUAUUAUAAUUCAACAGUUCACAAGAAACCCUUAAAGGAGGUGGAGAUUUCUGCUAUUUGUCAAGAUGCUCUAGAAGGGCUCACCUACCUCCACAGUCAGGGCAAAAUUCACAGGGAUGUAAAAGCAGGGAACAUACUACUCACAGAAAAUGGAACGGUCAAGCUUGGUAAGGCACUUAAUUCCAUUAAGCCCAAAUCUUGCUCUGGUUAGUACCAAUAAAACAUAACAUAUUUAAAUAUUCUUAUAUGAAUAUGGCUUUGUUAGCCAACAAUGAUGAACAAUGUAAUUUUUAUUGAAUUUUUUUAAAAUUUAGUUAUAUUGUAUUCAUUUUAUCUACAGCUGAUUUUGGGUCUGCUUCCUUGAUAUGCCCAGCUAAUUCAUUUGUGGGUACACCAUAUUGGAUGGCCCCAGAAGUUAUUUUAGCUAUGGAUGAGGGCCAGUAUGAUGGUAAAGCUGAUGUCUGGUCUUUAGGUAUCACUUGUAUAGAAAUGGGUAAGAAAUUUCCUUUACUUUUUAUUAACUUUACCAUAGCUAUUAAAAAUAUGUAACAUGCAAAUCGAGUUUGAUUUUUAUGUUUCCUUAAAUGAAGGAACUAUCUCUUGGCAAGGGAUUUUCAUUUACAAAGAAUAUUAUGUCUUUAAAUUUUUAAAAAUUUGUAUAUAUUUACAUAACCACUAAAUGAGAUUCUCAACUGUAUUCUUACGCCUUAAUUUUUCAUUAAUUAAAUUAUUUGAACUUGAUGAUUUGAAAUAUUGUUCACAGCUGAACGCAAGCCGCCACUUUUCAACAUGAAUGCCAUGAGUGCAUUGUAUCAUAUUGCUCAGAAUGACUCCCCGGGUUUGUCAGGUGGGGACUGGACAGAUGAGUUUCACAACUUUGUGACUGCUUGUCUGAAUAAGAUACCCAAAGAUAGACCAUCAGCCACAGAUUUACUGUUGGUAAGUUUUUACUUCAUUUGCCUAUGUUUUAUCUUUAAAUAUUCUUAGUUCUUAAAGUCUGGUUUUGAUUUAAAAACACAAAUUUAUAAUAUAAAUAUAAACUUAGUUUUUUAUUUUUUAUUUAUGGGUUGGAUGGGUUCUAAUAUUUUUCAAUCUUAUUACUAUUUUUUUUGUUUUUUUUGUUUUUUUUGUUUUUUGUUUUUUGUUGUAACUUCAAGAGCCAUAUUUUUUUAAACUGAGAAUUGAGCAAUGCAGAGCAAUUACUGCAUUUUUGCCUAGUAAUAUUUUUUAAAUUUCAGCUAAUUCUUGUUUUUCUAAUUCUUAUAUUUCAUUUUUCCAUGUGAUGAUUUUUCAAAUAUCAUCUAAACUCAACAGCACCCUUUUGUCCGGAAGACACGUCGAUCAGAUGUCAUAUUGGAACUUAUCCAGCGAACUAAAACAGCAGUGAAGCAGCUUGACAAUCUGCAGUUCAAAAGGCUCAAUAAACUGAUCAUGAAUGGAGGAAAUGAGGAAAGUCUGUUGGAGGGAUCCACAGUGUCGGGCGUAGAUGAUCUUUUGGUUGUACCUGAUGACAACUCUUCCCAGGUUGGCUAAGAAUAAAUUUUAAUUGUAGCAGAAAUCGAAGUAUUAGACAUUAUUAUCUAGGGUAGAAUCAACGAUUCAGGGGAAUAGAUGACAAUGGUCCAAAGUAAAUUUUAAGAAUUUUAUAGAGCAGAGUUUACUUUCAUUCAUUUCUUUCAUUCUUGUCAUGAAUAAACUUAACUACUGUUGACAUGUUGGUAUUUUUGUGUCUAGGAUUAAUCAUAUUAUAAUUUAUUUCUCUGUAAAAUACAAGUUCUGCAGAUCAACACUUGAAAAGUUAAUUUUUUUAGUAUGAAUAACACGGAUAUUAACUAUUAUUGGACUAAAUAUUAUCAUAGUAAUCAUUGAACACUAUACUAAUACUUGAUGGAUUGUAAUAUUUAAGUGAGAUCUUGACUGAAAACUUCUUGAUUACAGGAUGACGAGAACUUAGACAGCAAGUCUGACAGCCUUCCAAGUCAACACAGCAACACUGCCAGCAGCCAAAGUAGUGUGGCAAGUUUGUCACAGGCUAGCCAAAAUGAAGAGCCCAUUUCAUUUUCCAGGGAAAGACAUGUAAGUGUGGCGUUUGUUCAUUUAAAUUGUCUUAAAUCCCUUCUUUUUAAAAAAAAACUUUUGUGUAGUAAUAAUCACUUGUGUUGCCAAUCUAUUAUCUUGUAUAGUACAUAAAGUAUGUUAAAUAAUUAUUCAUUUACUUCUGAAAGGAAUGCUGCUUGUUUGCUUUAUUUUAUAUAUUUUCUUUUCAUUUAACAUAAAGUAUAUCUGCUUUGUAAAUGUUCAUGUAAAAAAAUAUGGAUUAAAAUAAGUCAUGUUAAUUUUGCUGAAAGCAACCAUUACAAAAUUAAUAUAUUUUUUUUAUUGAAGCCAGACAUCAUAAUAUUAAGUGUUAUAAUCGUGCACUUAUUAUGAGUAUGUAUGCAUUAAACAUAAAUUAAUGUGCAUAAAAUCAUCAACACACCACUCUUAAAAACACUGUUUAAAUGAAUUUGCACAAUGUCCACAAAUGUAUGCACACUGUACCAUAUGUCGAUGCUAGAGCUCUUUAAUAUAAUUCAUCUGCACUCCACUCCCAAAACAUUUUUUUAAAAAUAGGAUACCCAUCUUCUCCCCCAAAUUAAGGUAAAGAAGGAUAAAAUUAUUGCUUACAAGUUUUUAAUUUUUUUUGUCUGGAUACUAAUGAGUAGUAUUCUUUUCAUUAGAAAUUUUUGUUAUAGAAAUAUAUCCUAAAGUCUAAGCCAGCAUCAUACAGACAAUUUUCAAACUUAGUAUAAACUGACUUUAAAAGAAAACAAGACAUUUUUUUAAAAAGACAUAAUAUCAUCUUGAAAUAUUAUUACUUCUCUUUUAGUCUCCUGUCACAGUACAAUUGCAUUUACAGGUAACUUUGCAUGGCAUGGCUUUGUGCGCUAUCAAUGUUGUUAUUUUAAGAAAAUCUUCUGGAAGAAGUAUUUCCUGAUAAUGUACCAAUUAAAUUUUUAAUAAAUAGUUUAAGCUAGAAUGGAAUCAUUGUACAUUUUACAUGUGAUAUUUCCUGUAUGAAACAACGCAUAUGUCAAAUAUGGGAAAUCACUAUGUAAUAAUAUUUAAGUUAAUCCUUCACAAUCCUAAUUGCUGAAAGCACUGUUAAAAGACGAGACAGUAACAAUUCCUAAUACAAUUUUCAAUAGUAUUAUUAAUUCCGUCUAUAAAAAGAAAACAAGUAUGUGUCAGCCAUAAUUGAAUUUUGUGGCUUUUAAAAGUGUUAAUUUUUGGAUUGUUUUGGGUGUUUCUUAAAAAAAUACGUAACUUGUAACAUUUUCAAAUAAAGGAAUUAUUUUACAUAUAUAGAUUAUAGUUUACAGUUUAACAAAAAUACUUAAAAACUAUGAUAAUUAUACCAUCAUAUUUAGAUGUUAAUUUUUAAAAAAUCAGACCUUUCACAGACCUGUUUACUCUUGUGAUUUUGGAGUGCAAUAUAUGAUUUUGAGAUGUCUUUUACGAUUAUACGCCAAGACCUGAACUUCGAUCUUAAUAGACCAGGUUGAAAAUAUAUACAUUCCGUUUGGUUCCAACAUUCUUCUUCCUUGCAUACAUGGUAGUUAUCAGACUAUAAUAAUUUGUUAACGGGAAAUAGGCUAUUGAUUCUUAUUUUUUUAAAAAGUUUUUUCUAUAAAAUAAAUCUCAAGUUACUUGGUAGUUUUUGUAAAUGAUGUCCUUAUUUCUUAAUUCUUAUUUCAAUAAAGUUUAUUUUAUGCGAAACUUACUUCGAGUUUGAACCACCUUAAAUUUCACCAGUAACUAUAUUUUUACCAGUGACAAAGUGAGAAAUAUGAUCUGCACAUUCACUCAAAUAUUAAUUGAUAUUUAUAGCAGAUUCACGCCUGCAAAACAAAGUGAAUGUUAAUUACAAUUUAAAUGUCAGUCAUCUACUUUUGGAAGUUACCUUUUUUGCUAGACACGUGAUGCGAAUAGUUAUUGUAUACAUUAUAUAAACAGAAUUUUUAUUUAUUUGCUAUUAAGAUACUUUAUUGUACGAGACGAUAUUGUAUGAUUUUAAGAGUUCCAGGGUAACCAUGCCUGCUUUCCUUUCCACUGAUUAUAGUGGAAUUUUUAUUUUUACUGCAUGAUAAAUAUAUACAGGAUAAUUAAGUUCUUUUUGGAAUAAGCAAUAUUCAUAGAUUUCAGGUCUGUACUAACAACAAAACCUUUAAAUCAGUUUUGUGGAAAAACACUCAACUUUUGAGUUAUUUUUUCUUCCUUUAUGAAUAAAUUAAAUAGUAAACAUCUGUUACAGUAUUACCUGCUGAAAAGAUAGCUAUAUUCAAAUUAACCCUGAAAAUUGUAAAAAAAGUAUCAUGGUCUAUUUGUAAUUUAAAUGUUUUAAUAUCAGUGGUUCUUAACCUUAUUCUUCUAGAAAUAAAGAAAUUAAUAAGCAUUUCAUACCCAGUAAUUAAAAUUUCUUCCUGUAAUAACACUGAAACAAUAAAAUAUACCAUUUUGGUUUCUCUACUAAAAAAAGAAAAGCUAGUAGAUAGACAAUUUAGUUGUUGGUUAAGGACCCCUGAUUAUUGUAUCAUAUAACAACUGUGUGUGUGCUCAUCUCAUUUUCAUCCUAUCACCAUUGUUGAAUGAUUUAGGGCAGUGGUGGUGGUUUUGAAUGGCCCUCCUUCACACAUCGGAGUGCUUCCUACAGCCCCUAUCUGGCAUCAAAGGUACCCUUACUCAUCUCAUCGUGAAUGCCACGAGAAAUUUGGAUGCAAUUCUGUAUCUUGUUUAAUUUUCUAAAAUGACACUGGUUGUGCGUGCGUGCAUUUUUGUUGAUGGUCUGCAGCAUGAAGUUCUAAUAAUUUGUCAGUCUGUACUCAUGUAUAUGUCAGUACUUUCAAGUAUUUACACUGGAUUUUAUACUGAGCAGACGAUGGCAUGUGUGCUGUUUAAAAAAAAUUAUUGCAUUACUUAUUCAUGGUAAAGGUGUUGCAUAUGAUUAGAUAUUGUCUUUUUCUUUUGAGGGUCAUGUGAAAAUAAUGAUUUUUAGUUGCAUGGUCAUGAUAUUUAGAAGCAUAAAUUGAAACCAGAAAUUUUUAUUAAAUUUCUUGUUUAUAAAAUAAACUUUCUUGUUGAACAAGAUAUUUAAAUAUGCUCAUUAAAGGGUGGUAAAUUAUAUUAGGAUAUUGAAGUGGGGGAGGGUGUGUGUGUGUGUUAAUGACAUUAUUUUGCAGUUUUUGCCUGCUUACAGAGUUCUUUCUUCUGCACUCAUUGACUUUGCCAUAAAAGGUCAAUUUAUUUACUGUGCAUUUAGUUGCUUGGUUUAAUGGUAUUAAUGGGAACAUUUUUUCUUCAUGUGGGUUAACAAGAUAUAAUUUGUGUAAAUAUUCUUCACGCUUUCUUAAUAAUGAAAGUCUAUGUAGGAAUCGGAAAUAAAAAAGUUCUUUAAAAAUGAUGCUUAAUGCUUCACAAGAGCUUAUGGGAACAUAGGAAGCAUUCAAAAUAUGAGCCAUCAUACAUAGUUCGCUACCUGGCUUCAAUGUCAGUCUUGAACAAUGUGUCCUGAUCAGCUACUGUUUAUCAUCAAAGACCACCACGUUUCGAUAUUCAUUUUUGUUUAAACUAUGUCUUCUUUUUUUUCUUACAGCAUGGUUCUUUUUCUUAUUUAUUCUCGGCAAAUAAAGUUAGGAUGCACUUAAAUUUCUAUUAAGGGUUUCUAAAUAAUGAACACAUGUUCUGUUUUCAUGUGAAAUAUAUCAACAAAAUAUGCUGUGCUUGUUGAAUCAGGGUUUAAUGAUUUAAAAGAAAAAUAUUUUAGUAUGUUGGAUGGAAAUUGUGGAUUCUUUGAAAGUGAACGUAAAAUAAUUGUCUGACUUGAAAAAGAAUGAUACACUGACAUUUCAAUCAAUGGAAAAGAUAAAUCAAAUUAUUCUUUUUACAAAAAAAAAUGAUUUAUUAAAUAGGCUGGUAGUAAAAAUGUAGAACAUGAUGUAGAUAGUUACUAAAAUAUGCAGUAUUUUUUUAAUUGUUAAAGAGAUGUGUGGCAUAAUUUUUUGAAAAAGAAAUUAUUUCUUAGUUAUUUUAAUUUUUUUAAAGAAUCAAUUCUACUGUUAAUUUGAGGGGAAAAUAUAUAUAUUUUUCUAUAUUAUGUGAUUUUUUUUUUCCAUGGUUUUGAAUAUAAAAAUUUUAUGUCAUGUAUAGCUUACAAAAUGGACGUUUUCUACUCUUUCAAUUUUGUAAUAAGUCAGACUUUUUAUUUUAAGUGCCAUCUGAUAUUGAGCUCACUUUAUUUUGAAAAGUCCAUCUGGCGUGCCAAGUUCUUCACGGAGUACAUAUUUAAUAUUUGUGAUGUUUAUUAUUGUACAACAAAUGCAUAAUAAUAAAAUUAAAAUAAUUACUUAAAUUUUUAAUUUAAUAAUUGAAUUAAUAAUAUUUUAAAAGUUAUAAGUCAUUUUAGGUUUUGAUUAGAGUUAUAUUUUCAAGUCUACUGAUCAAAAAGAUUUAAAAACUACCAGUGUUAAUUGAUUUGCAUCUCAGUGCUUGUGUAAUUAGUUAGACAUACAAUAAAAGAGUUUGCACAUGCCUAGAGUAGUUAUAUGCCUUGUUAGUCUUUCAAUAAGUGCACAUAAAUGACAAAAUUAUCAAAUUUUCUUUUGCGUGUCAUCACACAAAGUUUUUUGGGAGCACUUGAAGUAUAUCACUUUUUAUUUUGAAUUUUUUUUAUUUACAUUUUAAAUAAAAACAACUGAAUGAAAAUAAUUUUUUGUAUUGUUUCAAAUUUAAAGUAUAAAAAAUCAAAUUGAAAUUAGUCUAGUGUGAUUUAAAAAAAACUGAAGCUGCAACCAUAUCUAAGAUUUUAACAGGUUUUUUCUUUUGAGAUUGGAUGGAUGGGAAUUAAUAUUAAAUGUAUAUCUAUUUACAUAAUUAAUUGGAUGUCAAAAAAUUUGGCAAAUUUAUUCUCAUUUGUAGUCUCAGAAUCUGCUUACUAUUUUCUUGCCCACUUUUCACUACUUUUCUUAAAAAAUCACUUUUCACUAAUUUUCUUAACAAAUUUGUUCACAUAAUAGACCUUAAAACCUUUUAUAAUAUUUCAAUAGGCAUCCGGGGGUAGCCCUCGAGGUUUUGAUCCCUCAAUGGCCAACAACUUUGCAACCAUCCGAACUACCUCCAUUGUCCAGAAACAGAUUAAAGAGCAUGAGAGGACUAAUGACUAUAGGAAUUUUACUGUUUAUAAAAGGCUGCGAAGGGCUCAUCAAAAAGAGUUACAGACAGUGAGUGUUUUGUUCAAAAAGGGGAAUUAAAAUGUUACAUUGCAUCAGAUUAGGAUUAUAAAUGUCAGAGAACAAAUAUGAAGUAUAGGUUUUGAAUAAUUAUGUAUAUAAGCACUUUAAAAGCUAUAUUUACUUUAACUAAAAAAUCUCAAAUACCACAAGAAAACUAUUAAUUGAUUAAAGUUGCUUUAUUAAACCUUUUUCAUUUUUGAAAAACUGCUUUACUGUCAUAUUUGGAUUAAAAUCAAAUGUUAGAUUACUCUUAAUUAGUUCUUAAUCAUGACCCACAUCCAGUCUUAUUUUUAUUUUAAUGAUGUAAAAUGAAAUAUUGUGUCUGUGACUUCACCUUUUAUGAUAUACAAAAAUAUGAUUUUAGAUGGAAACAAGGUUUAAAGCAGAGAUGGAAGAGCACAAGCAAAAGUUGGACAGAGAGUAUGAUAAUCUCCGUCAGCGUUUUGUACGUGAACUGGAAAAACUCAAGGUUCAGCACACAAGUGAACUAGAAAAACAGGUGAUUUUUCAAUAUUUUUACUGUUUGGUGUCUGUUUCAGUCUUGGUACUAAGAGACUUUUGGAUUAAAUACCUUCAUCGAAAUCAGGUACAUUUUUCUUACUGCAAUUGUGUUUUAAAAUGUAUGCAGAUCAAGGUAAUUAGACCCAAAAAAAAAGAAUUUAAUAAAUUGAAUGUGAUUAUUGCAUUUAAGCUUUUUUAAAUUCUAUACAAAAAUUAUGAUCAGAUAUUUUAAAAUAAUUUCACUUAAGCUACUGAACUAGCUUUAUUUUCUUAGAAAAAUAAUAUAACACUUCUUAAAACUCUGUGUGUGACGUCACCAUUUACAGAAUCUUUAACUCCUAUUUUUUUUUUUCUCUGUAUAUUAACAUUUAAAUUAAUUAAUAUUUCAUUUCCUUUUUUCUCUUAAAAAUGUCAACUUUAUGUUCAUGUUAACUGCUGUUUAGAUAAGAAAUAUUGCAUAUUUAGUGUACAUUUGUUUGAGAUGUAUGACAGUAAUAUCAAGAGCAUUCAUUUUCAACAUUUAUUUCAAUUCCAGUCAAAAGGCAGCCAAGCUCAAGAACGCAAAUUCCUUAGAGAUAUUCAACAGAAUCAUGACAUUGAAAGAAGGAAUUUAGCUGAGCAAAUGAAAAAGAAUUACAAGUCUGAUAAAGAGAAAAUGAAAAAGGUAAAAUGAGACGAAGAAUCUUAACUUGCUUAUCGUUAAAUAAUUCUCCCUUAACUUUUUCACACUUGUAUUGUUCAUUAGGAUGAAUUCUUUAAGUCUUACUUACAUGUUUUGUUAACUAAUAUAAUUUAUAUUUAUUUUUUAUGAUUAAUCUUGAUUAAUUUGUGACAAUAUAUUUCUAGAUGUUAUAAAAACGUUUUAACCAUCCCUUUAAAAUUUUUUUUAUCAAGUUUAAAAGUUAUAAGUUUAUUAAAUUAAUGUGUUCAUAAUUUUAUAAAAACCAAGAAUAGCAUGUAGAGUCAAUGUAGAGAAGUGGUACACUCAUUAUUUGGUGUAAUUUUUUUUCCCCACCUUUAUUCUUUAUUUAGGGCCUCGAGACGAGCACACCUAAAAAAGAGCGAGAAGAUGCAAUGAAAAACUUCAAAGAGACUUUAACUCGCAAAAAAAGGGAUGCUGAGUUUCGGCUAGAAAAACAUCAGAAGGAUACUUUGGAUUUUAACCUUCGGGCUUUCAAACGCAGAAAACUUUUACAAUACCAUAAACUGGAGCAAAGAUUAAUGCAGGAGGUUAGUCAAGAGUAAAAUAAGUCUUUGUAAUAACAACUAGCAAGAUAUAUUUAAGAAUCACUUCUUUGCUUUCUGCAUUUUUUGGGGGGCCAUAAAUUAGUUUUUGUAAAUUAGGGGAGGGGAUUGGAAAAAGUUUGACAACUGUUAACGAGAAUAUUUAUUAGGAAUUUGGGGUCUAAUGAAAAAAAUUAAAUUGGUAAACUUUAAUAAAAUGCUAAGAUAUGGCUUACAGGAGAUAGGUCAGAGACGAGCUCAGCUGGAAUAUGAACACACAAUGCUGGUGAGACACCAUGAGUCGACUCAGGACCUGGAAUACAAACAUUUGGCUGCCCUGCAGAAGAUGAAGGAUGAGCAGCUCAAGAAGCAGCACGAGACUGAGAGAGACAACCAGGCAGAUUACAACCAGUGUGCAGAGGCUGAUCUAAGAAAAAAACAUGCUCUGGAGGUGAAGCAGCAGCCUAGAAGUCUGCGUGUGAGUAUCAUUAAACAGUUGUCAUUGAUAGAGGUGCUGCAGGCGUUCAAGAUUUUUGUUGGAAUCUCCCCAUUAUCCUCAUCAAUGAUAUUCCCUUAUGAAUUUAGCCAAAGUUGUAAUGUCAUUAUAAGCCAAACUUGUAAUGUCUUUUGCUAUAAGCCCAACUUGUAAUGUCAUUAUAAGCCAAACUUGUAAUGUCAUUAUAAGUCAUACUUGUAAUGUCAGUAUAAGCCAAAGUUGUAAUUUCUUAAGUCAAAAUUGUCAUGCCAUUAUAAACCAAAGACUUGCUCCAGUGGGACACAAAUUGCUCAAUCUGUGGUAUAGAUUUGAUGUGUAUGUGGGGAGCAAAAAUGAGAAGCAGGUGUAAACAAAAUGUAGAGAGUUGUAAGUAAGUAGAUGAAAGUUUUGUUUAACGCAACUGUUUAUUAAAUCUUCUUUUUUGAAGAUUUGAAUUAAGGAAACGGUGGGGGCCAUUUUUUAGCACAUACCUCAAUGUUAAAUGUUUAUCUCUUAAUUGUUUGAACAAUACUCAUUAGAUAUAAAACUCCUAAUUGAAAAUUAUGCGCAAGUCUUGGUGACAUUUUUACCAUGUUUGUGGAAUUCAUUGAUGGAAAUUUAAGUCAAUAAUUUAUCCACAGGCCAAAGAGAUCCAGAUCCGUAAGCAAUUUAACGAAGCCGUCAAGACUCAGCAACGUCAGUACAAGGCUCUGAAGGAUCAUAUACUACAGAACACACCUAAGAAUGAACAGAAGACGGUGGUGAAGAAGCUCAAAGAGGAACAGAUGAGAAAGUUGGCUGCCCUGGGGGACCAAUAUGAAGCCAGCAUAGCUGAAAUGUUGCAACAACAAAAUGUAAUGGCUUUAAAAUGGAUACAAAUUAUUAUUUUUGUGUAAUCAAUAUUUUUUAGGAAUCUGGUUUUUUCUUCUCUGGCCAUGUAUUAAAAAGCAUUUAAUUAUUUCUCUAAAUUUUUUUAAAUAUUGCCUCGAUCAUUAAUGAUGAACUUUUCAUUUGGAAGCAGUACAUUUUUAAAAAAAAUACCCGGGACGUUAAAGUUACUACUUACAAUUUUGAAGAAGAAAAAAUAAGAGAUUUGAAAAGCAAUAUUCUUUUGCUAUUAGUACAACUGGAAUCUAGCAAAUGUGGCUGGUUCAUUUAUCAUUAGCUUGAUAUAUAUAAAUGGCUUUAAAUGCAUAUUAUUAUUUUUCAUUUAAUCAGAAUGUUAUGUAAUUGACAUAAGUUAAAGGCUUGACUUGCUGUCUUAACAUGGCAUAGUACUGAGAUUUAAACAUUGUCCUUGGAUUUUUCAAAUUGUAAGUUUUGAUGGAAUGAAAAUAUACUUUGGUAAAAGAAUAAUUUUGUUCUACUUCUUUUCUUAAAUACAUGUUUUCUCUCGCCACUUUUCAGGUGAGACUUGAUGAGGCACAGAUGGCUGAUGCUAGUGAAUUGCGAGAGCGCCUGCAGCAGGAGCUGGAGCUGCUCAUUGCUUACCAGAGCAAAAUAAAGAUGCACACAGAAGCACAGCACCAACGAGAGAGGAAGGUGUUAGAGGAGCGGGUCUCUCUACGUAGAGCUUUAUUAGAACAAAAGGUAAAUAUAGAGAUGAAGCUAUUGAGGCACAUUCAGAUUUCUAGGCCUUAACCUGACGCUUCAAGAUUUAUAUGAUAUAAAAUUAAUAUAUUUUUCUAUAAAAUCAAUCCUCUAUUUAUAUUCUUAAUUAUUUCAAACAAGGUAUCAUGGUGGAACCCAUUUACAAAUCUGCCUUUUAAGAAUCCAACUGGCAUCAUGGUUGUGGGAACCCAUUUACAAAUCUGCCUGUUAAGAAUCCAACUGGCAUUAUGGUUGUGGGGAACCCAUUUACAAAUCUGCCUGUUAAGAAUCCAACUGGCAGUUGUGGGAACCCAUUUACAAAUCUGCCUGUUAAGAAUCCAACUGGCAUCAUGGUUGUGGGAACUCAUUUACAAUAUACCUGUUAAGAAUCCAACUGGCAUCAUAUAUAUUAAUUGAACCUGUUGAAAUUGUUGUUCCCCUUAUUACAAUAUUAAUUGAUCUAUUGCCAGAUGGAUGAAGAACGUGUGAGUUUUGAUAGGGAGGAGCAGGAUAAACGCGCUGCACUUCAAGCUAAGCACAGUGAAGAGUUGAAGGCUUUUGACAUUGAAACAACUCGUAUGGGCUUGAAUACUCUGGAAGUCGCUCAUGCCUCUGAGGAACAGGUGGAUGAUGACAUCAGCAUACGUGGCAGCAUGCUCAGUCUGAGUGGAAGCUCUUCCAGCAAUUCUUUCACUUCCCACACACCCUUAUAACGAUGGCUGUUUCAUUUACGGCACACCCCCCUCCCCCUUCCUUCUCGACCUACUUGUGGUAGUGUAAAAUGCAUAGAUGUCUGAGCCCUUCCAUCAGACAUCCAUCCAUUUGAUAUAGACCACCUGGUCAUCAAUGUAUGUAUCAUCACAGAUCACAUAGGACAACAUUUUUUUAAAAGCUUCCACAAUGAACACUCAAAUGGGCCGGAUAGUGUCAACUUCUUUAUUUGUAUAUGUUAACUGGCUCUAUCUUCACUACAUAUCUGUUAAACCUUUGGCAAAAACAGUGUCUGAAAUUGUUACAAACCCUGCCAUUAUGAUGUUUACUCUCAAUUUCUCUUAACAGGAUAUUUUUUGUAACAUCAUGAAAAUAAACCAGAAUAUUUACCUACAAAAUCAUCCUUAACCUUAGAAUUUCAGCAUCAUUUUAGCAUUGGAUGACAGAUGUAUAGUGGAAACAGUGCAUUUUUUACCCUCAUUCAGCAAGUAUCAAACAAUGUAAACCUAAUAUCCUUUUUUUUUCCCUCCAAUCGUUCGCCUCACUAUAUGAUUUCAUAUCUCACUCUUAGUUUAUCAACCUUAAAUGCAACCCUUUAUUAGCUUCCUUUUUGUAGCAUCAACCCUGUUUUUAUAUCGAGAAGAGAAAUUCUUUUCUUCCUUGGCAGUCUGAAACGUAAGGUGCGACAAGACUCGAUAGCUUUGUCUAUAAGAUGCAGCUUUCUUGUUUUAAUUCUAUUGUCUUGUCCGGCCAUUCAACCACUGUUGGCUGUCAGGCUGAUCCAUCCUUGGACAUCCUUGUAGCAUCAGCAGACCUGAACAUCCAGGAACAAAUGGUGGACCAUCAGGUACCGAGAUGCCAGCAGCACCACACAACUGUUAAGUUGACAUUUACAUUGCGGAGCUUGAUCCACAAGAGAGUGAUUAUGUUAAAUAAAGUGGUGUUUCAAUGAACCUGAUGGGCAUGUGUAUUAUUUUUGCCUCUCAGACUACAAACACAUAUUCGAACAGCUUUGAUGUCAGAAAUAGGAUGUGCCCGUGAUCAAAGCUGGAUGUAUUAUUUUUGCCUCUCAGACUACAAACACAUAUUCGAGCAGCUUUGAUGUCAGAAAUAGGAUGUGCCCGUGGUCAAAGCUGGAGACAGACUAAGACGAGGAAUGCAUUUGAAGCACAGCCUUCUUCUUAUCUCUUUUCUUCUAACUGUUGAGGAAAAUGUGGGUAAAAUUUUCACCAGUCACACGUCCUGCAAUCUACUUAGGCUUCCUUUGAUAUCAAUGUAUAAUAAUCCCAGAUUGUCACACCAUCAUUUACUGUUGAGCAAGUUCAGAUUUGCUUAAACAAGCAUUGAUCAAAUCCAAAUUAGUCGGCAUCACCAGAUUUUCUUCAUAUGCAAUUGUGGAAGGGGGAUAUACUCAUACAUAUAGUGUACAUUACAGCUGAAUUGAAAUUAUAAUUAGCAGUCUUGUCUGUACAGAUUUGGUUGGGUCUUGUCUGUACAGAUUUGUUUGUUGGUUUUUGACAGUAAAAGAGGAGCAGUGUUACGUCUAAUUACCCACACAAAGGAUGAGUCUAAAUUACCCACACAAUGGAUGGAGAUUACUCUAGCUUCAUUGUCAUGGAAAUGUCACAUUAAAAAUUGAACAUGAAUGUUUUGAUAACAUUAUUAGCCUUUCAUUCUGUAAUUAUGUAUAUUAUUUUCAUACCUUAAUCAGUGCUUUUCAAAAUACCCUCUUUUUCUCCCUUGUUUUUUAAAAACAAGCACCGAGUCUCAACUUAAUUUGAGAUGUCAGUGUUGGAAUUCUGGCAUCAUUUCACAGUCAGCAAAUAAUUCAUCCACUCUACAGAGGAACAUAUUGAUGGUUAAAACUCGACACAGGGUAUUCAGUUUCUGAUCCUAAUUUGGCAGACCCUUGAAAUAACUCAGCUGUUCUGUGUAUACCCUGGAGAUGUGUGUUUUGUAAUAUGGUAGCAGUUUUGAAGGACGUGAGCAUCUCUUUUUGUCUUCUGGCUGCUUCUCAAAGAUCAACUGUGCUUGUAAUCCACAUUGUGGUUGAUGAUGGGUUGCCAGCCCAAUCGCCUUACCUCAUAGACUUCUAUUUAGCUUCUUACAAAUCUGCUUCGGCAUUUUAAAACCGAAAGCCAACACACCAGCUUCAGCCCACCUGCUGACAGUGAAAAUGCUAAAAGCUUAUCCUUGAUUACUUGUCAGUUUUUGCAUUGAACUUUCUGCUUUCUCUUCUGUAUUGUUCAUUUUUUUCACCUUAUUCCACAGUGUCCAUUAAAUGAACCGCUACCCCUCAAUCAAUUGAAAUGUCAACAUCUCUUAAGUUUGAACCCGCCUCCCCUUCUCUAGGCUGGAAUUGAGAAACUUUCUCUAGUACAGAAAAGCUUUCACAUCAUUUUUUGUUGCAACCAACUUUUAUAAAACAAAGGUCUAGAACUUCUUAUGCUAUAAGCCAUGGCUCCCAGAAAAAAAAAA